ACGCGAGUAAUCGAUAGCAGAUCAUUGCAGGGCAUCGAUGUGUUCAUGCCUGCCGACAAUCUGGGCAAGUCACUCUGCCAUGGCGCCCGUAAUGUCGCAGAAGAAUUCCCGCCGUGUUUAUCGUCACUGAGGAGACAUUCAUCGCUGCGUUUUGAUCCCGAUUGCAAUUGAUCACAUUUGACGUUAAAGCGGCCAUGACGGUGGAGCAAAAUGUCCUCCAGCAUUCUCAAAAGCACCAGCAGACGCUACUAAACCAGUUACGAGAGGUCACAGGCACCACCGACGUUCAGCUCCUUCAGCAGGCCUUGCAGGCCAGCAAUGGAGACCUGGCUGAGGCCGUCACCUUUCUGACAGAGAAGAACGCCAAGGUUCGGCAGCAAGAUGAGACCACCUACUACCAGACUUCUCAGGUGUCCGGCGACAGAUACAUCAGCGUGGGCAGUCAAGCAGACUCAAAUGUCAUUGACCUGACGGGAGACGAUAAAGAUGACCUGCAGAGAGCUAUUGCCCUCAGCCUGGCAGAGUCCAAUCGAGCAUUCAGGGAGACGGGCAUCACCGAUGAAGAGCAGACCAUCAGCAGAGUUUUGGAAGCCAGCAUAGCAGAGAACAAGGCGAGUCUGAAGCGUACCCACACGGAAGUAUGGAGCGAUUCACCCAACCCGCACGACAGGAAGAGGAUAGAUAACUGCCCCGUGGGCUUGAAAAAUGUUGGCAACACCUGCUGGUUCAGUGCCGUCAUUCAGUCUCUAUUUAACCUGCUGGAGUUCCAGAGGUUGGUGCUCAACUACUCUCCACCAACCAGGAUCCAUGAGCUGCCUCGCAACCAGAAGGAGCACAGGAACCUUCCCUUCAUGCAGGAGCUGAGGAACCUCUUCUCGCUCAUGGUGGGCUCUAAGAGGAAGUAUGUGGACCCGUCACGAGCUGUGGAAAUACUCAAAGAUGCCUUCAAGUCCAGUGAGUCGCAACAGCAGGAUGUGAGCGAGUUCACCCACAAGCUCUUGGACUGGCUGGAAGAUGCCUUUCAAAUGAAGGCUGAAGAAGACAGGGAAGAAGACAAGCCAAAAAACCCAAUGGUGGAGCUUUUCUACGGACGCUUCCUUGCUGUUGGUGUCCUGGAAGGUAAAAAAUUCGAGAACACAGAGCUGUUCGGUCAGUACCCGCUGCAGGUGAAUGGCUUCAAGGAUCUCCAUGAGUGUCUUGAGGCAGCGAUGAUCGAGGGGGAGAUCGAAUCCCUGCACUCUGCUGAGAACUCUGCGAGGUCCGGACAAGAGCACUGGUUCACGGAACUCCCUCCUGUGUUGACAUUUGAGCUGUCAAGAUUUGAGUUUAAUCAAGCACUCGGGCGACCUGAGAAGAUCCACAACAAGCUCGAGUUCCCUUCUAUGCUGUACAUGGACAGAUACAUGGACAGAAACAGAGAAAUAACCAGAAUCAAGAGAGAGGAGAUCAGGAGGUUAAAAGAACAUUUGACGCUGCUCCAGCAGAGAUUGGAAAGGUAUCUGAGCUACGGGUCUGGUCCCAAGAGGUUUCCUCUGGCAGAUGUCCUCCAGUAUGCAAUGGAGUUUGCUUCCAGUAAACCUGUGUGUACGUCGCCUGUGGAAGACAUUGACUCGUCAGCACCCCCCGGUGGUGCAACGGGACAACAGCUGCCGCCUCCAAGCGUGGCUGAGCAGGAUUCUUUGGCUCCGUCAGACAGUCCGAGCGCUGCCCCAGGCCCUGCUUCAGCCGUCACUGCAGCCCAGCAGCAGAGGGCACCCAUUCAUAAACCUUUCACCCAGUCCAGACUACCUCCUGACCUUCCCAUGCACCCGGCUCCACGCCACAUCACCGAAGAGGAAUUAAGGGUCCUGGAGGCAUGCCUGCACCGAUGGAGGAGUGAAGUUGAAUACGACACCCGAGAUCUCCAAGGCAGUAUUUCAAGAAUCCACCGAACCAUUGAGAUGAUGUACUCCGACAAAGCAAUGAUGCAGGUUCCUUACCGGCUCCACGCGGUCUUGGUCCACGAAGGCCAAGCCAACGCAGGCCACUACUGGGCCUACAUCUACGACCCUCAUCAGCAUUGCUGGAUGAAGUACAACGAUAUCUCUGUUACAAAGUCAUCCUGGGAGGAGCUGGUGCGGGACUCGUUUGGAGGUUACCGCAAUGCCAGUGCCUACUGUCUCAUGUAUAUCAAUGACAAGAAGCCAUUUCUCAUCGAAGAGGAGUUUGAUAAAGAAACGGGCCAGAUCCUGAGUGGCAUGGACAAACUUCCUCCAGACCUGAAGCAAUACGUGAAGGAGGACAACGAGCUUCUGGAUAAGGAGAUCGAGGAGUGGGAUGCCUUUCAGGCCCGCAAGGCUCAGCAGGAUAAGUUGACUCUUGCCACAGCCGCCGCUGCAGCAUCAGCAUCAGCGCCAUCCAGCACCUCCACGUCCUCCUCUUCACCACAACCUAUGAGUAUCGAGUGCAGCCCACCAGACAAUGCAGCCCCCCAGCAGGAUCCCGAGUACAUGGAGCAGCCGUCACCCACCAGUGACUCCAAGCACCUGCAGGAGGACACGGAGAGAGCCAUCUCCAGAGUGGCUGCCGAACAGGAGGAGAGGAGCCCAGAAGCAUUAUUUGUCUAUUCACUGUCCUCCCACCGCCCUCAGACUGAAGUCCAGUUGAGCCCGUCCUCGACUCCGCCUCCUGACCUUGUCACGGAGGACGAGUCCCCAGGCCACCAUACAGUAGAGGUGGCCAUUCCCAAUGUGGGGACCUUUGUCAUUGAGUCAGAAGAGGGAGGAUAUGAUGAUGAGGCAAUGAUGACCCCGAACAUGCAGGGUGUAAUUAUGGCUAUUGGCAAAUCCAGCCGAGUAUUUGAAAAGAAUGGGCCUGAGGCAGCCUUUUUUAAGGCUCUCAAGCUGGAAUAUGCUCGACUUCUGAGGUUUGCCCAAGAGGACACGCCGCCUGAGAAAGACUACCGGCUCCAGCAUGUCAUUGUGUACUUCAUCCAGAACCAAGCACCCAAGAAGAUCCUGGAGAGGACUUUGCUGACUCAGUUCGCGGACCGGAACCUGGCAUUUGAUGAGAGAUGCAAAAGCAUUAUGAACGUGGCACGUGCCAAACUGGACCUGAUCAAGCCAGAAGAGGUCAACAUGGACGAGUAUGAGACGUGGCAUCAGGACUACAGGAACUUCCGUGAGACAACCAGUUUCAUGAUAACUGGCUUGGAGCUCUUCCACAAGACAAAUUACGUGGAGGCGCUGAUGUAUCUGAUCUACUCGUACCAGUACAACAAGGAGCUUUUGGCGAAGGGGCCGUAUCGAGGGCACGAUGAAGCCUUGCUCGGUCACUACCGUCGGGAUUGUUUACUGAAAUUAAACGAGCAAGCGGCGGCCAUGUUUGAGACGGGAGAAGAGCCCGAAGUGACCACCGGCCUGGGCAUCAUGAACGAGCUGGUGGUCCCCUACAUCCCCCUGCUGCUGGUCGACGACGCUGACAAGGACCUGCUGGCGGUGGAAGACAUGAGGAACCGCUGGUGCUCCUACUUGGGACAAGAGAUGGAACCCAACCUCCAGGAAAAGCUGACCGACUUCCUGCCCAAGUUACUGGACUGCUCGGCGGAGAUGAAAAGCUUCCACGACCCCCCCAAGGUGCCCUCCUCCUCCACGCUGGAGUUGUGCGAGCGCUUCAGCCGCAUCAUGAGCACCCUUGGCAAGGUGGCCGCCCACGGCAGAUGAAGCGCCCCUUUACCCCCCCACCGGGGCCCCACCAUGGGCUUUAAAAAUCCAUGGACCUCUCUUAACCCAUGCCUUCCUUUUUUUCUAAAUCCAGGGCUCACUCGCUUUCUAGCUUAUUCCUCUGUUAGCGUUUUGCUGCUUUUAUCAUGGCGCGUAUGAUUUCACUCAUUGGACGCAACAGAGGAAGAGGACGAGGUGGACGUUGGAGGAAGUCAGCGGAGCACAAAAAGGCAAUCCUGCAGCGAAAAGCACAUUCGGCUUCGGCUUUGUGAAACAUAGUUUCAUAGUUUACCCGUGUUGUUGCUGUUUUGAUUUCCGCUCAAAUAACCCCCCCCCCCCCCCCCCCCCGCUCCCCAACCCCACCACUCUCCGCGUGUUACACUUCCGGUUGGCUUUUAUUUUUCUAAGGCAGGAAGAAAAUCUUCAGGUUUAUCAAAGUAUCUCAAAUGGGUCUCAUGUCUGCGUGGGCUGUUCCGGAAUGAGACGAGUUCAAGUGCUGUGGUGGACAGCCGUGCACUUUCUGUGGCUUGUUGAUAAAUCCAUAGAAUAAAAAUUUUAUUUAUGGCCCUUUUAGGCCAAAUAAAUACAUUUUCUUGUCUUUUUGCAUUGCAUUGCACGCAUGAAGUCGGUUUCUUUAUUAAUCACUUUUAGCACUGUCAGACUACUACAGGGCAGCUGUGUCUACAGAUGUAGUUUGCCACGGCCAGUGUGUGACUGAUGAGUGAAAUCCAUUCAUAUUAUUAUUUAUUUUCUGUACAUUAUAACGCCAGAAAACAAGCUAAUAUGAGCUAUCUUUGAGUUAGUGCUUUGCCAUGACAUAGCAAUUUAUUUCUGUAUAACGCCAGAAAACAAGCUAAUAUGAGCUAGCUUUGCAUGACAUAGCAAUUUAUGGCUGCUGUAUUAGACAAAAAGUAACGAAAAACAUGCAAAGCAAAUAUAUUUACAAAUACAAAUGUCACAAGCAAGAUGGAGCAGGCCUUAUCUGAAGCGUGAUAACAUUUAUUUCCCUUUUCUGUGCAUUAUAUCGCUAGAAGACAAGCUAAUAUGAGAUAACUUUGCCAUGACAUAGCAAUUCAUGGCUGCUGUAGUAGACAAAAAGUCACGAAAAACAAGCAAAGCAAAUAUGUUUACAUAUU